AUGAUGGAUAAAGAGGAGACCAGUGAUACUGACAGUGGGAUCAUUCUCAACUCUGGUCCCGACAGCCCCACGUUGCCAGUCAAGGACCUGACCACCCACACCCGGGCCAUGAGGCUGAAGCACCAGGCUCUGGAGAACAGGCUGGAGCUGUGUCUACUGGACCUCAAGAAGCUCUGCAUUAGAGAGGCUGAGCUGACAGGUAAGUUGUCUUCUGACUACCCCCUACUUCCUGAUGAGAAGCCCCCUCGUGUCCGAAGGAGGAUAGGAGCUACCUUCAAACUGGAUGACAGUCUCAUCCACCAGGAUGGAGAGCUUCAUUCCUUAGAGGCAGACCUGGCCUUGCAGCUCCAGAUCGUUGAAGCGGCCCGUAGACUCUCAGUGGAGGAGCACCUGUCCAAACCACAGAAGAAGAGCAGGCUGCAGCAGUGUAAGAGGGAAGAUAGGAAAGUUAAGGAUCUCCAGGAAGCUGUGUUUCAGCACAGGAUCAGAAACGAGUGCUCCUCUCCACCGACCAACAAGAACAACAACACAGCCAAACACAGAGAUCUGUGCAUGUCUGACGACAGCUCCCUGUCUGAUGCAGUGGCCCUGGACGAUGACUCUCUCUCUUCCUCAUCAUCUGUAGACCCACUCAUACAGUCCUCUGUGGGCUCCCUGUCCCUCCAGUCCUCCUCCUCCCAGGGCAGUCUCCAUCACACCUCAGCCCAGAGCCAGAGCCUCAGCUGCAGGGUGGAGCAGACCCAGACCUCCAGUAUGGGCUCCAGCUGCAGUGUGGAGUUUCCUGAGCGCUCCCCCAUCCAGAACUCCCCCUGGAGAGAGUCUAAUCUGGACCAGCCCUAUCUGAAACCUAACACUGUCUGCAGCAGCAGGCCCAGAAGUCCAGUAGGGACCCCAGUAGGGACCCCAGUGUUCCCUGCAGACAGCAGAGUCCUGCCCUCCCACUUCCCCUCCAUUAAGAACCUGGCUCUGAGACAUGGACAGAUCAACUCCUCCAGCGCCCCCUCUACUCCAGAGCUGCACGUACGCAGACAGUACUCCCUGUCCUUCAGGCUUCCCAGAAGUAAGCCCACUCAUGACCUGGGUGAGGGACGUGGGAGAGCCAGGUUGCCACGCCGACGGCCAGAGUUCCUGGUUCGGUCUCCACAGUACAUCCCCCAGGGUCUGUACCAGUCCAGCUCUGAACACUCUGUCCCGUCAUACACCAGCCCCCAGCGACUGUACCAGUCCAGCUCUGAGGACAGCAGCUCUGAACACUCUGUCCCCUCCUACACCAGCCCCCCCAGCCGGGACACGGACAGAGAUAAUCACAAAGACAGGGAGGGCCCCGUAUCUCCCGAGAUCCCCAAGCUCUGCCCUCCUCCCUAUGGCUUCCACUACGUAGCCCAAAGUCCCACCAGCCCUGCAUUGAAUGGCUCCAGCUUUCACAAGAAAAACAACCAGCACCGGUCCUCUCCCAGCUUGAGAAGAAGAAUGGCAGAGGAAGGCACCUGUUCCCCUCUUUCCCCACAAGACCUGGGCAGUCCCCUGGGGAAGGGUCUUUACCUGUCCCCCUCCCGGCCCCCCCAGCCACAGCAGCAGCACAGACACUGGCAGCAGGGGCCCCCACCGUCAUCCCCCAGGAGAGUUCUGAAGCCUCCACCCCCCUACACUCGCCUGGUACAUACCCCGUCACUGAGGGAGUACCCCAACCAACCUGCCCGGGUGUUGCCCAGGGAGAUGUCGUCAGACGAGCUCAAGUCCUGGAACCAGUUCCAGAAGUCACGCUCGAGUUCACUGGAAGGCCAGGGGUCGUUCAGAGUGAAGAGCCCCACGUCCCCUCACCUCCCGCCCUACUUGCAGGGUCCCCACCAGAAGCGGAUCCUUCAGAGGGCUGCAGAUGGAACUCCUAUACAGUGGUUUGUUGAAGAGGACUCGGAGAUCGUCAGCCAGGUGUAACCACAGCCAUAUACAGUAUAUGGUACACAAUAUAUAUCUAUAUCUAUGCAGUAUAUGUCUCUGGUUGUAACCAGGGGGAGUUGCCCUACUGUAGUAUAUGUCUCUGGCUGUAACCAGGGGGAGUUGCCCUACUGUAGUAUAUGUCUCUGGCUGUAACCAGGGGGAGUUGCCCUACUGUAGUAUAUGUAUCUGGUUGUAACCAGGGGGAGUUGCACUACUGUAGUAUAUGUCUCUGGUUGUAACCAGGGGGAGUUGCCCUACUGUAGUAUAUGUCUCUGGUUGUAACCAGGGGGAGUUGCCCUACUGUAGUAUAUGUAUCUGGUUGUAACCAGGGGGA